GCGCGGAGAUCAGGACGCGCGCGGUCGCGAACAUCGGAGUGGCGACGAUGCCCGGGCUCGGCGCCGACGGCGUCUGGGACCCCCUGGGUUUGGGCAGGGCGAAGGGCUGGGAGGUUGGGGACAACGACUGGAACGAGAGCGAACGGCGUCUCGAGGGUUCCGGGUCCGUCAUGGCGCUCGCUCGCGGAGGCCGCAGCGUCAAGGCCAUGAACACCGGCGCGGGCGGUGGCGGCGACUUCAUGAACGACUUCAUGAACAGCAAACUCCCCGGCAAGAUCGGCACCGUGCUCCUCCUCCUCAUCCUCAGCCGCGUGGGAACUUACAUCCCUAUCUCCGGAGUUGACCGCGACGCCUUCGCAGAAUCCCUGCAGGGUGGCGGGAACGUGCUCGGCUACGUGGACACCCUCACGGGCGGCAGCAUCUCUAAGCUCGGCAUCUUUUCCCUCGGCAUCGUCCCGUACAUCAACUCUUCCAUCAUCUUUCAGCUCCUCACCUCGGUGUUCCCGAGCCUGAAGAAGCUCCAAAAGGAGGAGGGCGAGGCUGGCCGUCGAAAGUUUCAGCAGUACCAGCGCUACGGUGCCCUCGGCUUCGCCGUCGUGCAGGCGGUGGGUCAGUGCCUGUACGUGCGCCCCUUCGUUGAGGACUUCAACCUCGGAUGGCUGGUUGAGUCGUCCGCGGUGCUCACCGCAGGCGCCAUGAUCCUCCUGUACAUCGGCGAGGUUCUCACCGAGCUCAAGCUGGGCAACGGCACGUCGCUGCUCAUCUUCACUAACAUCAUUUCUUCGCUUCCCAGCUCGUUUGGCCAGACACUGUCUCAGGCUUCCGAGAAGGGCGAUGCCGCCACGGUGCUUCCCGUGUUCUUUGGCGCCUUCUUCCUCACCACCCUCGGCAUCGUCUACGUGCAGGAGGCUGAGAGGAAGAUCCCGAUGAACUAUAGCACCAGGUUCCAGGCAGGGGGUCUGGCGAAGAGCUCCUACCUCCCCUUUAAGGUGAACUCGGCGGGCGUCAUGCCCAUCAUCUUUGCAUCCUCGCUCCUGGCGCUCCCGGCGACGCUCGCCAGGUUCGCGCCCAAUCCGGUGAUCAUCGGAGCCGCCAAGGCUGUGUACCCCGGCGGCGUGGCCUACGUUCCGGUCAACAUCGCUCUCAUCUGCUUCUUCAACUACUUCUACACUUUCCUCCAGCUGGAGCCCAAGGAUGUGGCGGACCAGCUCAAGAGGCAGGGCGCGAGCAUCCCGGGCGUCCGCCCUGGCGCCGCCACCAGCGGGUACAUCACCAGGGUCCUCGAGCGCCUCUCGAUCCUGGGAAGCGUCUUCCUCGGUUUCCUCGCGCUCGCUCCCACGGCGGUGGAGGGCAUCACCGGCCUGACCACCUUCCGAGGAUUCGCCGGCACGUCGCUGCUCAUUCUCGUCGGCGUCGCCACGGACACCACCCGCAAGGUCCGCUCGGAGAUUGUGAUGAGCCGCUACGAUACCUCCUUGGACGAUUUCUACAAGGACAUGCCGAAAAAGUAAAGUAGGUUUGAUAUAAAACGAAAGAAUCGUAAAG